GUCGGCUUCACCUCGAUGUCCGCCAGCAGCGAGCCCAUAGAGGUUGUCGAGUUUCUCAAUGACCUCUACACGCUCUUUGACAAUAUCAUCUCCAAUUAUGAUGUCUACAAGGGUGAGAACCUAAAUCACUGUCACGCACAGGUGGUCUCUGGUCUGCCGAUACGCAAUGGAAAGAAGCACUGUACGGAGAUUGCCUCGAUGGCCUUGGAGAUGCUCGACGCUGUCAAGUCCUUUAGGAUUCACCACCGACCCGAUGAGGUGCUGCAGCUUCGAAUUGGCGUGCACACAGGGCCCGUCGUUGCGGGUGUAGUUGGUCUGAAAAUGCCUAGAUACUGUCUUUUCGGUGAUACCGUCAAUACGGCAUCGCGCAUGGAGAGUAAUGGUGAGGCGCUGAAGAUCCACCUGAGUCCGGAGUGCCGUGACUACCUGGAGCCAACGGGGCAGUACAUCAUCGAGGAGCGAGGUUUGGUGCGGAUGAAGGGAAAGGGCGACAUCAGGA